AUCUUGGGGAUUUUUUGGGAACAAAAAAUCGGUGCCUUUGUGUUACACUCGAGGUGUCAUCGAGCGAUCCCGAGAGAGGAGGGAGAAAAGAAGAGACGACGAUGCUUUGAGGCCUCGAUUCUUCGAUGCUCAGCUAACGGCAAGCCCAGCUUUUGGCAGGGAACGUCGCUCAUUGUCGAUUCGAGUGAUGUGCCAGGCACUAACCGCGGACUACCUCCUGUCUGGGCCUACUCCUGCUGUGGAUGAAUGUAUGUGUAAUUUCAUCUCUUUCUUCGACUGGGGCCACCCCUGUCCAUAGCUGAAGCAUGUGAGACUUGUGAGUCCAAGUCAAGAGAAUCCUGUUGCCACCAAGAAGGAAGCGGAGGAGGGGGCGCAUCUCGAAGAAGACGGACGGACGGCUCUUCGAUCGAUCCACGUCCGAGAUCCACGAACCUUCCUUGUUUUUAGUUCGUUAGUGGUGUUAAUAAAAACGAAUCGCCAGCCGGUGCAGCCCAUUUUUAGUCCCGUGUUUAGUCAAAAUUAGGCUCGGAAUCAAUCAAGCAAUCAUCCAUCCAUCCAUUUGUUCAUCAAUUGACCGCCAUUCAGUCAUCUGUGAAAUCAUCUCAUUUUCAGGCCACGGCCGAUUGAAGAUGCCCCGAUUUCUGAUUAGACUCCGUCCUCGUGGACAAGAACAAUUGAUUGCUGAUGAGGAUCCCGGAGACUUUUGGAGGAAAAUCUACUCGUUUCUCGAGACGGAGAAUGCUUUCGAUUUUUCCAAACAUCAAACCGAAGUUCACAGUGAAAGUGUACAGAAUCUGCAUGAUUGCUUGGCCAAACUCAUCCGAACUGAUCCAGAUCGAGAAGACUGGUGUCCCAUGGCCUUUGAUUCCUGGACAUGUUGGAAUGCUACUCCACCAGAUGAGGAUCUAGCCGUCAAUUGCCCGAAAGUCUUGGGAUACAACGUUUUCAAUCACGCUUAUCGCUAUUGUGAGCCCAAUGGCACUUGGCUUAUGAGCUCUACAUCCAACAAGUCUUGGUCGGAUUACUCCGAAUGCGUGGACAUGUCAGAAGGAUUGUUUCAUCGAGGCAUUGUGAUCUUUUCCAUCAUUGGGACGAUUCUCUCCUUGCUUGCUUUGGUGACAGCAUUGUGCAUUUUUCAAAGUCUAGGAUCGCUCAACUGUGGACGCAUCCAGAUUCACAAAAGCCUCUUCGUCGCUCUCACCCUCACCAAUAUUCUGUGGUUGCGAUGGUAUUUUGAGACGUUGUUCCAGCCCUCUAUCGGCAGUGAAAAUCCGAUAUGGUGCCGAAUCCUCCAUGUGGUAAUGAUGUACUUCACGGUGAGCUCGUACACGUGGGUCCUCUGUGAGGGCCUCUACUUACAGCUCAUGCUCACCACACGAGGACAGUUGAACGAAACCAAGUUCAAGAUUGGUCUCUUCAUCUUCGGAUGGUUCUCUCCCGUAUUCAUCCUGGUUCCAUACACUCUUUUCCGUCAAUCCAUACCCGAGGAGGAUCUGAACUGUUGGAUGGACUUUGGGAGCUCACAAUGGUUUUUAUCAAUUCCAGUUGGCCUGAUUCUCUUAGCCAACGUAUGCAUCCUCAUCAAUGUUAUAAUUGUGCUACGAAAAAAGCUCAAGGCGGGUGGGUCUCACUUGGUGCGAAUCAAUUCCAAUCCGGCUGUCACGUUGAAGUCUGCCAAAGCGGCAUUUCUUCUCAUUCCCAUUUUGGGUCUUCAAUUCCUUGUCUUGCCCGUUCGACCAGAGGAGCAUUCCCCGUUAUCGAGGCUCUACGAUGUGAUUUCUGCAUUUUUGUCCUCCUAUCAGGGCGUGAUCAUUUCCCUCCUCUUCUGCUUCUUAAAUGGAGAGGUCUCCAAGGCCCUCUCUCGCAAGUGGAUGCACUUCAAACUUGGCCCACAUUCCCGGGUGUUUUCUCAAGUUGAGAACGCCGGCUUAUACUUCAGAGAUCUGAGCUUCGAGCCUCGACGACGACGACGAUCCGAUCCGAAUCUCACUAAAUUACUCAACUCCUCCGGAAAGCAUAGUGACGAAAGAUGCGAGUGCAACAGAGCCAAUGUCGAUCACGUAAUGCGAUGUUCCAUCAUAACUUCAUCAUCGUUCCUUCGUCCAAGCAAUGCCCUAUUCACAGGUACAGUGGGGAGAAAAGACGCCAUUCCUGUGAAUUGAUCCCGUUGACAGACUCAAAGCCGAAGAAUCAAAAGAAGGAAGCGUUUCUACCUUAACAGAAACACCCUUUAAGUAAAUCGUACGAUUUUCAUAACUAGCAAAACCUUACCAGACGAUAGUACAAACGUGAUUUCAGUUAUGGACAAACCAAUGGCAAAAUAAUAAAACAUUGUGUAUGUGUAGGCA